AUGGCUCAAUUCAUGCUGCCCAUUCGGCGACGAAAAAUUUAUAAGGCUAGAAGGCAAGCUGGUGCUUCUACUUAUAAAGCUAUGUACCGAUUUGAAGAAGACAACGUAGAGAAGCAGUUUGCUUCAAUAAACGUACAAGCUACAUGUAAUAGCAGAGAAUGGUUUACAAGUGUUGAUGCCACGUGGCCAGGUUCUGUGCAUGAUAGUAGAAUUUGGAGAAAUUCUUCAGUAUUACCCAUUAUUUCGGGAUACCAAGGACAAGCCAUCCUCUUAGGUGACUCGGGUUAUGCCGUUGCUCCUUGGUUGAUAACUCCCUACAGAAACCCAAGAAACCAGGUUGAAAUACACUUUAAUAACAUGCACAAAAGAAACAGAGUGAUUAUCGAAAGAUGUUUCGGUCAAGUGAAAAAACGAUUUCCAAUUUUGAUGAAUGAUAUUAGGGUUCGUUUGUCUAGAAUACCAAAAUUGAUAGUUUCUUGUUUUGUUCUGCAUAACGUUUCUAAAUUUGUAAAUGAUGUAAACGACUUUCCUGAUAUUCCUCUUGAAGAAGAUGAUGAAAUUGUAGAACACGAAAACCACAAUCCAAUUCAAGGAAUUCAACGCAGAAAUGGAUUGGCUCAAAUUUUGUAUGCCCAAAGAUAA